AUGAGCUGGGACGACACUGGUGCGACUGCAGGCGGUGACUCUUCAUGGGACCCUGCUCCUGGUGGUGAUUCUGGCGCCGACGCUGGUGCUGGAGAUUCUUGGGGUGCUGGUGACGCUGGCGGUGGUGGAGGUGAUGCUGGCGAUGACGGCUGCCGAAUCUGCAAGCAGACCGGUCACUUCGCUCGCGACUGCCCUGAUAAGCCUGAGGGCGGCGGAGGCGGCCUCACUGGCGAGUGCUUCAACUGCGGCCAAGUCGGUCACAACAAGGCGGAUUGUACCAACGAGCGCGUUGAGCGCCCUUUCGAGGGCACCUGCAAGCUUUGCGAUCAACAAGGUCAUCGUGCUGUCGACUGCAAGUCCCGUCGCAUUGUCAACUGGUCUGGCGUCCCCGAGAUGGAUGAUGAGGCUGCCUGGAUCGCCCUCAUCGACGCGGCCAAAGCCAAGGACCUCGAUGUCUUCCGUGUCUGCUUGAAGGCAUACGCUCGCGCUACCAUGGAUGCCUUCAGUCUUCCGGGCGUCGAGGAAGCUCUCCGCGAAGAUGGACUUGCAGUCUUCCUCAUCGCCAAGGAGCAGGAAAUCGCCCCCAACAUGACCAUCAUCGACCUCAUUGGUAACCCUGAUUGCAAGUUCGUCCUCUCUAUCCAGUUCUCUGCCAAGCCCCGUCGCGCCAAGAUGGCUACAGGCUGGCCCAAAGAUCCCGCCGAGAACAUGGAGCGUCUUGCAUCAUGUGGCUACGUCCAGGAUUGUGGUGUCCCGAUGUGCGGCAACUGUGGUGAGCUUGGUCACGUACGCAAGCACUGCAAGCAAGAGCAAGCUGAGCGCGAGAACACUGCUCCCGAGAUCCAGUGUGUCUACUGCAAGGAGAACGGCCAUCGCGCACGCGACUGUCCCAAGGAGCGCAUCAACCCCUACGCCUGCAAGAACUGCAAGCAGGAGGGUCACAACUCCAAGGAGUGUCCUGAACCUCGUUCUGCUGAAGGUGUCGAGUGCCGCAAGUGCAACGAGACCGGUCACUUCUCCAAGGAUUGUCCCAACGUUGCCGCCCGGGCCUGCCGAAACUGUGACUCCACCGAGCAUAUGGCCAAGGACUGUGAUCAGCCCAAGAACCCUGACAAAGCCCUCUGCCGCAACUGCGAGAAGACCGGUCACUUCUCUCGCGACUGCCCCGAGCCCAAGGACUGGUCCAAGGUCAAGUGCAACAACUGCCAAGAGAUGGGUCACACCAUCAAGCGCUGCCCGCAGCCGGUUGCCGAGGACGGUGGUGAUGGCGGUGGUGGCUGGGGCAACGAUGCUUCUGGCGGCGACACUACUGCUGCCGCUGGUGGAGAUGCUUCUUGGGGUGAUGCUGGCGGCGCGACUGGUGGUGGUGGCUGGUAA